AUGAGAACAUAUAUAGAUUAAUCUUAACGGCGUCCUCUUGAUGGUAAUUUUGAUUUAAAAUCAUACCGUUCUUAAGUAAAGGAUAGAUUGAAUUUGAGUUUGACAAGUGAUAUAAAUUAAUCGAGUUUCAAUUCUGUAAAGUAAGAGAUUGUAAUAAUGAAAGGAAAGAGAAUCGUUAAGGAGUGCCAUCAUUUGAUAAUUUGUAAACAAGAAUUCGAGAUUUAUCUUAAUCUCGUUAGACAACUUUAAAUUAUAAUUCUAACGAUAAUUUGACUCCUUAGAAGAAUCUUUAUUCUCCUCAUAAAGCAUAUGGGAUGAGAUAAAUGUAUUAAUUAUGAUGUAAAAGAUGAAGAAUAUAGAAUAAUUUGGGUUAGAAUGUGAUAAGUAGUAAUUCAAAUGAAAAGUAAUGUCAAAAUAAUAAGAAAUACCAACCUUAAGAAAGGAAGUUAUUAUAAAGGUCUAAUGAUUGUGUAUAGUUGAGAAUGAUAGAUUAAUAAAGAAAGCAAGGAAGAUUAUUAUGUGAUACAGUGCCAUUAAAUGAGAUAGUAGCCUUGCGUAAUAAGAUAGAGUCUUCAUUAGUUAGUAGAUCAUCAUUAACUUCGACGUAUAAAUAAUAAUAUAAGAUAUCUAGUUAUGUAAGUGAAUUGGUGAAAUUGGCAUAGGCAAUUACAACAUCUCUAAAACAAGAAUGAUACUUCUGUAUUUUCUUAGUAUGAAAUAAUAAUUACAUAUAAU